UAUAGAACAAAUGCUAAAUCAUGGGAAAGAUAAUAUUCUAUGAGGACAGAAACUUCCAGGGUCGUAACUUCGAGAGCAGUGGUGACUGUCCUGAGUUGACCGCAUACCUGAGCCGCUGCUGCUCUUGUAGAGUGGAAAGCGGCUGUUUCAUGGUCUAUGAGCACUCCAACUUUAUAGGUCACCAAAUGCUAGUGAGAAGAGGAGAUUAUCAUGAUAACAAGCGAAUCAUGGGUAUGAGCACGAGCGACUGCAUCAAAUCUUGCAAAAUGAUUCCAAUGCAUAAAGGAACAUUUAGAAUGAGAAUCUUUGAAAAGGAGAACUUUGUCGGACAAAAAUAUGAGCUGAUGGAUGACUGUGAGUCAAUCCAGGAACGCUUUUAUAUGUCUGACUGCCAGUCAUGCAAUGUUACACACGGCCACUGGCUUCUGUACGAAAGGCCCAAUUUUGAGGGCAGAAUGAUAUACAUCAGGCCUGGGGAAUACAGUACCUUCAGUGAUAUGGGUCUAGGCUCACUGAAAAUUGCUUCCGUCAGACGCAUCAUGGAAUCCUGUUAAAGAAAAUUACAGUUGAUUCAGGUGAAGAUUUUCAAGAAAACAAAACAAAAAAUGAAAGCAUAAUGCCAAAUAUCACAUUUAUCAGUGAAAACAAAAGUCUUGUGAUAUAAGACCACAUGCUAUUAUGAUGCCUAUUAGUUACUUGAAGCGUAAGAAAAUAAUUAAACGCCAAAUAUCAAUUUGACUUUUUGAAAACCUCAAAAUAUCUUUCAGUACUCAUUUAAGCACAAUUAAUUAAAGGAUCAGAAUGGAGUACUGCAGGAAGCUGCAGAAAGCUAGAAAUAAUAUGAUUUGUGGUUCUUUAAGCAUGGGCAAGCUUGUGAAAGCACUGUCAGUGACAAUGAACCUAAAGGUCAUUCAAGCAAACAACCAGAUAUAGCGAUCCAAUGCAACAUCAAUCCUCAAGUGUUGUUUGAUGCUUCAUAAAGACACAAAGCUAAACUCCUGGUUGUUAUUUAGUACUGUUUUCAUUACAAUCUUUCAAAUAAAUACAAAUUUUCAAUCACUG